AUGGAGAUGCUUUGUUUCUCUCUUCCAGACAUGACCAAGUCUCCGGUCCAGGACCUGAGGUGUCCUCGUGGACUGCCGGAGGAGGACUUCCUGGCCCUGUUGAGGUCGACCUUCCCCCAGCUGGCCGAUCAGAAACCUUUCCACAUGUUCAAGUCGGAUCGCAGCAGGCGGCUCCGACGGCUUCGCGUGCAGACGUCGACGCCGGAGGAGAUCUUCAGGAGCAUGAGGAGAACCGGGGUGGAGAAGUCAGUCCUCUACCUCCGCAUGAAGACAGGAGAGGAGGAGGAGGAAGAGGAGGAGCUUCACUUCCUGCAGGAAAGCGACGCCGAGUCUCCGUCCACUUCAGAUCUUAAGAUAAAAAGUGACGCAGCUGGACUCACUUCAAGCUCCUCUGUUCAGGACUCCAGAGUCUCCUUCCUGUCCAGCAGCACGACGCCUCGACAACAGGAAGCUGAUGAUGACGACGGUGCAGCCGGGAGCCAAGUGGACUCAAGUGACAACGAGGAGGUGAAAGACCGGGACACGGACUGGAAACCGGAUCCUGAUCGGUGCAGACCAAAGCUGAGGGGGGGCAGGACUGUGGGGGGUCAGAGGAUGGUGAUCAGUAAACAUCCGUGUAAAGUUUGUGGGGUUUGGUACCGGGUCCAGAGCAGCCUGAUCAAACACGCCUGGACUCACCUGGACGAGGCUCAGAGUGUGUGUGGGGUGUGCGGGCGGCGCUUUGAGACCGUGGACGGGUUGAAAGACCACCUGAGGGGUUACCAGGAGACCCACGACUGCUCUCACUGCGGGAAGUCCUUCCUCACCGUCACGGGUCUUGAACACCACACGACGCGCCACACGGGGAACCGACCUUUCAAAUGUGACGUCUGCAGCAAGACGUUCGCUCACCGUUACGCGCUGAGCAGACACCGCUGGGUGCACGCCGCCGACAAGCCGCAUCAGUGCGACCUCUGCCCGAAGGCGUUCGGUCUGAAGGCGGCGCUGCGAGCUCACAGGAAGACGCACGGAAGAGACGGCUUUAACUGCAGCGUCUGCGGGAAGUCUCUGUCGGACCGGAGGUGUCUGCUGCGACACAAGGCGACGCACUCCGGAGAAAGACGCCACGGCUGCGAGGUCUGCGGGAAGCGGUUCAAACUGGCGUACACGUUAAAGUCUCACGAGAAGACGCACACGUCCAGAGAGCGGCUGUUCCUCUGCCACGUCUGCUGCAAGAGCUUCUUCUCCAACUGCAGCCUGAAGGCGCACAUGAGGACGCACAGCGACGAGCGCCCGUUCCCCUGCGGCGUCUGCGGGAAAGGCUUCGUCUCCAACGGCGAGCUGAAGGUGCACAUGCGCGUUCACACGGGCGAGGCGCCGUACGGCUGCUCCCAGUGCGGACGCUUCUUCAAACGAAAGACUCACCUGAACUCGCACCUGAGGAGCCACCUGGGCCUCAAGCUGUUUGUGUGCAGCGUCUGCGGGAAGGCGUGUUCUCGACAGGAACACCUGAACGUCCACAUGAGGACGCACAACGGGGAGAGACCGUACCAGUGCACCGUCUGCGAGAAAGCCUUUACUCAGGGUCACUGUCUGAAAACACACAUGAAGAGUCACCACCACCAGGAGAACACGUUCCUGAACGCACCGUCAAACUAAAAACAUCCAAUUAUGGAAAAGUAACAACGAUGUUAAUAACACAAAGAAGAAGAAAUGUCCGCUCACAUUUAGUUUCUUUGGAUUGUUUUUGUUCAGUCGCUGCUUUAAAUAUUGACGCUCCACACAUUCCCUUAGCUUCUGUAUAUUAGAAAUCUUAGAAAUGCAGAACACUCUUCAGCUGUUCUCAGUGUUUAGGGAGGGGGGGUCUUCAGGAAUAUUCCAGCUCAUCCACAGACUGAGUACACCAAUCCAGACAGUUCAGAAAAUAUGGUGUCUUUGUGACGUCAUCUGACUUCUGGAUGCCGUUUCUGUGUUCAAAGUUUCCUGAUAUAUUUAACCUCUUCCUUUCUGACUGUGGUACCUCUGCAACAGGACAAGCAGCAAUAAUAACAAGAACCUGUAUCGAGUAACUCCUGACGUUUUUAAUAAAAGGAAAACAAUGCGUAAAGGUAGCGUCAGAAACUCUCCUUCAAAAUAAAAUACAGGCUUCUCCUUCAAAAUAAAAUACAGACUUCUCCUUCAAAAUAAAAGACAGACUUCUCCUGAAGUGAAGCUGCUCCAUUGUCCCUUCUGGGCCUCCGUACAUGUGUGGUGGUGACUGUGUCUGCAGAGACUCUGUCCUCUGACUGGAUUUUACUGUUCUGCUUUGUGACGGUUGACUCGGGACGUUUGAAUGUUGUGUUCAGAAUCUGUGACUCAUUUCUACUGACUUUAAACAAACAAAAACAAUACAUACAAGUUUAUUUUAUUGUUUUAAUACUUGUAUUUAAACAGUUUGUGUAGCAAAUAAUGUCAUUUGUUUUGUUUUUCAUGAAAAAAGAUUAAACAAAAAUGUGCUAAAACAUUCACUGUUAACCGAAAACAAAUCAGACAAUCAAAAGAUGAAUUAUUAUAAUUUCUGUAGAUUUGAUUGAGCAGAUUUGUCAAGCGUUUGCUGGUUUCAUUUUUGAUUUUCUGCUUUCCUUGCAUCUCUGACAGUAAAUGAAAAGUGUGAUUUGAACUUAAAGGAGCACAUUUGAGAAAACACGACUCUGAGGAUGCUAACAUCUAGCAUUUUUUAGCCUUUUUUUUAUUUUAUAAACUUCUUAAUCGUGAAAACAUUUAGAAAAAACAGCAAAAGACGGCAAAUAAUUGUGAAGCUCUAAAGACGGACAUUAACCUCGAACAACUUAAAUAAUUAUUAUUUUCAGUAUAAAUACCAAAAUUCUUAUUUGCACUGGAAAGCUUAACUAACAACAGCAAGUGGAACAUUUUUCAAAAUAAUUAAGGUUAAUUAUCACACAGUCACAAAGAUUGUGAUUUAAAAUAUUACUGAAGAAUUCAUAUAAAAAUAUAAAUAAACAAGACAA